UAAUAGUAGCAAGAGUCAGUUGCUCAGCGAAGAAGGUCGCGUGGAGAUGUGAAGUGCAGGAGAUAUUUUAUAUAUAGUUAGAGUUAAAAGGAUCCUACGUGGUGCGUUGUUUCCUCUGUUCUGCUCAUCUGCUGUUGCUUUUAUAGUUGUGACGUUGUAGUGGUGCACAUAUCAAAAGAAGAUUAAUAUUAUUAUGGCCUUCCUUGGAUCGGUCGCUUCUUUUCCCUGGGGAAGUCAUCGGAUGUCCAUUGCGUCCUCGACGAGGCUCACAUAUUCCCUUAUGGAAUAAAUAACAACCAAGACCUCGGAAUUGAAAAAUGGUUCUUAACAGAAAUGACAAGAGAAAAAGGAAGGAAGGAGAUCUUGUGGAUCUCGUGGAUCCAUUAGCUGAGCUCCCAAAGAGAAACAAAAUACACGCACAAAGAAAGUUUGCGCAAGGAGCAGCCACUCCUGCUUACAGUCCUGCGAGCACGCCUCUCAAGGAAAAGGAUAAGUCAAAAGCAGCCGUGUUUCAUGAGCUGAUACCGCACAAAAGGCCAAAGGCAGAUGACUUUUUGACAUUUUUAUGCUUCCGAGGUACAUCGAUUCUACCUCCAAGUCUUAAUUUUUUCGAUGCAAAUCCUAGAAAAGAAAAAGCACAAGAUGCAGCUAAGCUCAAUGGUAUAUCCACCGCUCAUUCCAAAGCAAACGGCACAUGUGGGAAGUCAACAGCAUCGUCGAAAGCUUCCCAUAGUGUCUCUGCUCAAAAACAAACCAAGGAAAAGAUGGUUAUUGUUACGAAAAAGCAGGUGCCAGCAGCAGCGCCUCAACUCAAGAGCACAAGCACCGCAAUCCAGGCGCUCAAAAAAAAGUACCAGGAACAGAGGCUGGCUAAGCAACGUCUGAAAAAGUACAAGCCAAGCGUCAUGAAGACGCGCUCGAACGCUACUGUCACUGCCGACCCAAUACCAGUGAAACCUACCGUGUCACCAAAAGUGGCUGUUAAUAAAAAAGUUCCUUCGCGCAUCGAGAGCACAAGACGUGGGCUACGAAGCACUGGGUUGCCAGAGAGCGAGCAACAGAGCUUACCACUGAAGACUGUCAAGAAAGACUUACCAGCAAAGCUAAAAAAGAAGAUUGCUCCAAAGGAUGAUGCUUCGAGCGUCGAUUCUUUUUCUGUCAAGACCAGUACGAAAAAGACACCGUCAGCUAAAGUCAUUGCCACAAGCAAGUCGUUACAAAACAAACUUGCGAGUAAAAAGAAGAAAGACUUGGAGGACAGACGGGUGACUCGUUCAAAAGCCAAUACACCGCCUGUAACAAGACCUCCAACACCAACGACAAACGUAGUAAUGAGAAGACCGACACGAAAGACGAAGGAGGCUGCUACCUUGUACAUGGAGAUACUUGGCAGAAAGCUGGUUAGUCCAGAUCUGGAAAACGACGACAAUAUGUCGGUGGAAAGUUUCCCGGAGCUUCCCAAUGCUAGAAAAUUAGCCCAGACUGAGAACGAGAUCAAGGCCAAAGUGAAGAAAGCGAGCCUCAACCAGUCUGGCGCUGCUGCUGGCAUCAAGGAAAAGAAAGCAACGAGCAGUGCCAGUAGCAGCAACACUGCAUCACCUACAACAACCGUCACCGCCGCCACGAGCAAACCGCUGAAAAAGAAGCUCACCACCAAGCCCGCCGUUGCACAGUUGAAAAACAAGCGGCCGGUGAAGGUGCAAAAGUACUGCGAGCUGAACAGCGACGACGAGUCGAUCAGCUCGAAGGAGACGAGCGAGGAGGCGAAACCAACCCCCACCGUCACCAGACGAUCGGCUCCCUCGAGCGUCCCCAAGGACACCAAAAAAUCCGAGAACCGUAGCCUGAGAUCGAGCCGAAGUCUCACCGCCAGGACUGCCAAGGAGAAAAUCUCACCAACCCAGCCGGCUCCGGCACCCCAGCAGAGCGAGCCCAGCGCCCAUCAACUACCCGCGGCUAAAAGUCCGGAUAGCCAGGGUGUCGCGAAAAGCAUCGACAGGGAACAAGGUGAUCAGGAAAGCAAGACUGGGGUCAAGCGCAGGCGAGAGCCCGCUCCGAGCGAAAAAGAAAAGGACGGCCCCAAGGUGUCGAAGAACAAGAGCAAGCCUGCCGUCGAGGCCCAGGAAGAGUCCGAGGAGGAAGAGAGUCUGGGCGCGCUGCUGGACAAGCUGAAGAGGAAGAAGAGAGAGGCCGAGAAGGAGGAGAACAACACCGUCGAGGCCUCGGUUAAAAAACCGGCCGAGCCAAAAACUGCCAAGACAACGACGACGACGACGGUGUCCACGACGAUUACAACUUCGACAGCGACGACGGUGCUGACGUUGGAUGCGCCGGUCACCAAGACUGUAGUGGUCGAGAAGAGCGCAGCCCCGACCAAAAUCUCGGACGACGAGGAGUCGCUGUUCCGCGGCUUCGCCAAAAAAGCCAUCUCGAAGAUCAAACCCAACGUCGAGGACAUCGACAGCAAAGCCAACGUGCUGGCGGCGUCUGGUCUCAAGGACGUCAAGAGCUCGGCGAUAACGUGCGUCAAGCCUCUCCAGGAGCAGUUGAUGGGCAGCGGCACGACCAACAGCACCGCGGCCAACGCUUCCGUGAAGCUCGAGCCUGACUUUGGGGAGCUGAAGUUCGACAAAACCUCGAAGAUGUCCCCGGCGGCGAUGGCGCUCAACAUCAUCGACAUACCAAAGGACCUGAACCACCACGGGCGCAAGGAGCGCGUCAACAUGUCGACCGAGCAGAUCGAAAAGUGGCUGAAUGAGAGUUCCCUGGCAAAGGAGGAGAGCAAGGUAGAGAUGGAGAGCGUGUCGAGCUUCAAGUUCGACUUGAUGCCCGCACCACCAGCCGCUAAGCCGGAAAGGAAGGAGCCGCCGGUCAGCCACCUCUCGAUCUCCCCGAAGAUCCAGCACCUCGUGCGGCCCGUCAACGUGACCCUGUCCAAGCUGACGGACCGUCUGAAGAGGGCCGCGACGGCGCCGCUCGGCAAGGUACCCUCGGCCUUUUUUUCGAGCAACCAGGUGACCUCCGUGAGACCGCAGCUGCCCAUCGCGGUUGCCAAGACCGUUGUUCCCAAGCCGACUACUCAGCUGGACAUCGCCAAGGAUAAGAAAGAGCAAACACUGCCCAGCUCACCGCCCAGCCGCAAGAUGAGCAAGGACUCGUCCCUCGGCGAUGAUGCCGCGGAAAGCGACGUAGUCUCGAAAUCGGAUGCCAACUCGACGGCCGACUCGUCGGAGAAGAAAUCGUCUAUCAGCCCGGAAAAGAAGGUUUUUUUUCACCAGCGCAAGCCCUUCCUGCCCAAGUUCAAGGAGCGAAAGCAGCCCUCGAGCAGCAGUGCGUUCUCACCCGAAAACGAAAGCAGCGUGUACGCUUUCGAGAGCGAGGCCGAGGCACCCGUCAGCACGCCCUUUCGCAGGAAGGCGCGGAAUCAGUCCGCCACUAAAGACUCACCCGAUAUUGCAGAAAAAGAUAAAGAGCCAAGUACGCAAACAACAGCAGCAACUGCAACAACAAGCAGUAGCAGCGAAGCGAAGCAGGGCAAGAGUAGUUGUAGUAGUGUCGAGGACACGACGAAAAAAGCAACCGAGCCUUUAAACUCGCCAGAGGAAGCUCGGAGGGACGAAGAAAAGUCGCCUCCGCUGUUAGAAAGAACCACCACUCCAAAGAACUUCGAGCUUCCGAAAAACUUCGCCGACCUAACAAACAUACAAGUGUUGCCACUAGACAAGCUAACCACAAGCUGGAGCGCCGUAAGUUGUAGCGCCUCGAUAGCCGUUCAGGUUAAUCUCGACGACGCAACGAAGCAGCAACAGCAACAGCGCACGACAACAGCGGAGAGCCACGCGGGUGAGUCCAGUGCCAGCCAACGGAGUACCGAAAUCUCAACCCAAACUGACGGUGCCAACAACGCUGCCGCCGACACCAACAACGACGACGACGACGACGACAACAGCGGGCAAUUGUUUUACAUACCCUUGCAAGCGGUUACGCGCAACGCGUCUGCUCAGGGUGGCCAGCAGCUAAUACAAGGCGUGGCCGUGAAGCUGGGCACCGAGGGACCAACGGGCCCCAACCAGCGAGUAUUGCUGAAGGCAAAACUCGUGACGAAGCCACCGAUAUCGGUGGCCAGGUGUCCGCCGAUCGGUACGGUUCAGCCGACGGCGAGGGCGCCUCAGACUGCCACCUCCGAUCAGGCUGAUCUGCCGUCGACCUCGGCGGUUGAAACCGAAGACGCGGACCUCAAGUUUCAAACGCCCAACAGCGAUAGGGGAAACAAGACUGCGACCCUUGGGAGCAAACAGAGUAUCAAGAGCUCGGAGAAAGCCAUCAAGUUGCCAAAAGCUCGGGAAAGAAAGGCAUCGAUCGAUGAAUGUAAAACCGGAAGCAAGAAAAGCCACGCGAAAACGAAAAAUCUCGAAGUGAGUCUGCCGGUGAACGACACCACGUUUCCAAAGACGAAAGAUGCCAACGAGCCGGCUCGUCUCGUGGAAGCUCCGGUCUUUCAUCCUUCGGCUAAGGAAUUCAAGGACCCGCUUGAGUACAUCGACAAGAUUCGCCCGAUCGCGGAAAAGUUCGGUAUCUGCAAAGUAGUUCCUCCCUCGUAUUUCAAGCCCGAGUGUAAAGUAUCCGACGACAUGCGGUUCACGGCUUACAAUCAAUAUGUCCACCGGAUGCUGAAUCGCUGGGGUCCAAAUGUAAAAGAGAUGAUGGCCAUGAAAAGAUAUUUAAUCACGCAAAGUAUCUCCCUCACUCAACCACCGUUUAUAGGUGGCAUGGAAAUCGAUCUUCCAUACUUGUAUCAAACUGUGCAGACCUUGGGUGGACUGAAGGAAGUUAUUGAGAAAAAGAAAUGGCAAAAAGUGGCUGAUGCCAUGAAGAUUCCAAAAUCAGCUCAAGAUCGAGUCACCAAGUUGGACGACAUCUAUUGCAAAUAUCUACUACCUUACGAUAUGCUAUCACAAGAUGAAAGGAAUAAGGUGUUUAAAGAUGUCGAGGCAGCUUGGCAAAAGAGGGAAAGGCGAGAUAGACAAGAAACGCAAUCCAAUGAUACGGAAGACGAGGAUGACGAGGAAAGCUUGGAGGAGUUUGAAGAAUGUAUAGUGAAGGGUCGCAACAUGCCAUUGAACGCGUUCUAUAGGAUUGCACGCAACACCCAGCGCAUGUGGUUCGGUGACAACGGCAAGGAUCAAGUGACGUGUGAAACCGAGGGCGCAUCAGCCACCGAGGUAGAAUCAGCCUUCUGGAAGCACGUGGUCGAGAAGAAGCGCCACGUGUGCGUGCACGCGGCCAGUAUCGACUCGAGCGGCCACGGUUUCGGUUUUUCUGUGAUGAAAAACAGCCCGUUUGCUCGUCACCCUUGGAAUCUAAAGGUCCUGACGAACAACGCCGGCUCGGUACUACGCGCCUUGGGUCCCCAAAUGGGUGUGACCGUACCAACGUUACACGUCGGCAUGCUCUUCAGUGCGUGCUGCUGGUACAGAGAUCCUCACGGUCUGCCCUGGAUCGAGUACUUGCACACCGGAGCCAAGAAGAUCUGGUACGGUAUACCAGACGAGCAGAACAACGCGUUCCGCAAAGCCCUCACUAAGAUGUUUCCGCGCUAUUGCAAGAACAAGACGAUUUGGCUGCCAUCCGACACGGCCAUGGUGCCACCGGAUAUGCUGGUGAGCAAUGACGUGCCGCUGUGCCAGACGGUCCAAGAGCCGGGUCAGUUUAUCGUUGUCUUUCCCAAGGCUUUUACCUCGAGCGUGUGCACGGGUUAUGUUGUGUCUGAGAGUGUGUACUUUGCCCAACCCUCUUGGCUAGAAACGGCUGAACAAGUAUUUCAAGAUAUACAUAAUAGCUGCGAGCCCACGAUUUUUUCGUUUGAAAGACUGUUAUUUAGCGUUAUUAAUGAUUUAAAGUCUCAUAUUGAUGUACUUAAACAGAUUUUACCGACUGUUAUUAAAAUUUGUAAUAAAGAAAUAGAAAAUCGCAAAAAGUUGAGGGAACUAGGUCUCAUGAAUAAUGAAAGAGUACCGCUGCCAAGUAACGAUAAGAAAGGAAAGGGUAAAAAGACAAAAAAGGAGGAAAUUGAUUAUGAAUGUGAUACUUGUCGAGCAAACUUGUUCGUAUCAUUGUUAAGCAACCCCCUGGACGGAAGUAUUUUGUGCUUAACGCAUGCCAUACAGUAUAUAGAAAAUAAAAAGCAAGUUAUAAAGAACUGCACACUCAUGUAUACAUAUAGUGAGAGUGAACUGAAUGGUCUGGUUGAUAAAUUAAAGGACAGAAUCGAAGCCAAAACUAAAAAGACUAAUCAAAUAAAAGCAAAAUAAAGAGUGCGAGAUAUUUAUUACGUUUUUAGACGAUAUUACCAAGAAAAAUAUAUAUGUUUGACAAAUAAGAUUAUUUAUAGAAAUUUUUUGACCGCCAAGUGUAGUAAACAAUUUGAAUGUCGCGAUUUAACAAAACAAACUAAAAGUUCUUUUUAAGAACUAAAAGAAAAGACUUUAAGACAAGUAUGUUCACUUGUCUUACGAAGAAACGUAGUCGCUAAAUGUAUGUAUCAAAUUCAAUUUUUGUGGUAGGUUUUUACGCGUACGUAAAAAAAAAACGCAGUCACUGCCUGUUAGUUGUGCGAUUGAAGUUUUAGAAGUCAUCACUGCCGCUUUAUCAAAUAAGUAGCUCAAGUGUCUAAUGUCGUCUUACAUUUUUGUGAACAUUUUUUUGUCUAUCUACUUGAAAAUGAAAUGUAUUUAUAUUAGUGAGAUUAAGCUUUUAUUUUUA